AUAAAACCAGAUAGAUAGCAGCAUAAUUUAGCAGGAUACCAGCACAAAAAGUGUGGAGAGGGUAUAGAAAGUAGUAGCUGUAUCUGUACUCCAGUACUCUCUUGCUGUACACACUACACUACCAAAUCCAGCCAAUUGCUCUCCACAACAACAACAUUCUCUACUACUCUUGUCUGCUACUGCUCUACUUUACUACUGCACUACUCUAACUACUGCCCUUGCACUACACUACUGCUAUUCCCUUCCCUUCCCUCCUCUCCUCUUACCAAAUAUCUUCAUUAUAUCCUAUCCCAUCUCUAUCAACAUCAACCACCCUCCCCUCAACCACCACCCCUCCCCCACCUCCCCAGCUGAAUGAAGCCAGCUUCUCAUACGCCAUCCUCCGCCAUCUUCCUAUUCUUCGCCUGAAGCUUCAUUUAUUCCAUUUUCUACCGCUGCUAUACGACUGCUGCUGCGUCUGAUAUAACCAAAAAAGAAAACUAUACACAGAGAUAUACACCGUUCCGUCACUGAAAAAGCCCGGAACUUCGCGCCCAGAAUCCACUUCCACCACCGCCACCACCACCACCAUACACAUCACACCCCCAGUACGGUUGUCCGAGUAGUGUCAGAGCGCCAACUCCAAUGUCCCCCACGGAAACAGCCCACCUCCUCCACCACCACGAUCCCGCGACGAUGACCUCUACCGGCCAACAGAUCAAGGCCGCUGCCAUCGCAAAGGCAAAGAGCGCCGUCAGCUCAGCCACCACCAACGGGAGCAAUGGGAGCGCGAGCAAGAAGCGCAGAGGAAACAAUCAGCUGAAACCCAUCAUCACAAAUGAGACCCCGAAGAAUGCGGAUACCCCCCCAACAACCAUGGCUUCCAAUUCUACUGCUGGAAAGAGCAGCGGCUCGACCAACUCUCCGCUUUCGCAUAAGGGCGCAAUGAACAACCGAUCGCCGUCAUCGACAUCGUCGCGCGACGAGGCCGAGACGACGGCCGACGAGGAGGACUCGGAGGACUACUGCAAGGGCGGGUACCACCCGGUGCAGGUGGGCGAGAAGUUCAAGGACGGCAAGUACACGGUGGUGCGCAAGCUGGGGUGGGGCCACUUCUCGACGGUGUGGCUGUCCAAGGACGGCGUGACGGGCAAGCACGUUGCGCUGAAGGUCGUGCGGUCGGCGGCGCACUACACGGAGACGGCCAUCGACGAGAUCAAGCUGCUCAACAAGAUCGUGGCGGCCAACCCGGAGCACCCGGGCCGCAAGCACGUCGUCAGCUUGCUGGACUCGUUCGAGCACAAGGGCCCCAACGGCACGCACGUCUGCAUGGUGUUUGAGGUGCUCGGGGAGAACCUGCUGGGGCUGAUCAAGCGCUGGAACCACCGCGGCAUCCCGAUGCCGCUGGUCAAGCAGAUCACCAAGCAGGUGCUGCUCGGGCUGGACUACCUGCACCGCGAGUGUGGCAUCAUCCACACGGACCUGAAGCCCGAGAACGUGCUGAUCGAGAUCGGCGACGUCGAGCACAUCGUCAAGACGUUCGUCAACCAGGACGAGGUCAAGAAGGAGGAGAAGAAGGAUAAUAACCCCAACGGGCGCCGGCGACGCAGGACCCUCAUCACGGGCAGCCAGCCGCUGCCGAGCCCGCUGAACGCGAGCUUCAACCAUGCGGAGCUGUUCCGCAAUCAAGGCGGCUCCAUCUCGAGCCUCAACGAGAUGAUGAGUGAAGGAUCCCCGAGCACGACACCCACGACAGAUAAAGACCAGAACCAGAGAGAGAAAUCAGCAGACAUCUUAAGUAGAGAAGUAUCAGGCAUAUCAUUAGACAAGAGCUCGUCGACGGCCGAGAAGCCCAAGCCCUCCGACCCAGCAUUCGAGAAGAUCAGCGUCAAGAUCGCGGAUCUGGGGAACGCGUGCUGGGUCAACCACCACUUCACCAACGACAUCCAGACGCGGCAGUACCGGUCGCCCGAGGUGAUCCUCGGUGCGAAAUGGGGCGCCAGCACGGAUGUGUGGAGUAUGGCUGCUAUGGUCUUCGAGCUCAUCACAGGCGACUACCUCUUCGACCCCCAAUCCGGCACCAAAUACGGCAAAGACGACGACCACAUCGCCCAAAUCGUCGAGCUCCUCGGUCCCUUCCCGCGCUCCCUCUGCCUCUCCGGCAAAUGGUCCCAAGAGAUCUUCAACCGCAAAGGCGAGCUGCGCAACAUCCACCGACUACGGCACUGGGCGCUGCCCGAUGUGUUGCGGGAGAAAUACCAUUUCAAGGAGGCGGAGGCGAAGGGGGUGGCGGAGUUUUUGACGCCGAUGCUGGAGUUGACGCCGGAGAAGAGGGCGAAUGCGGGGGGGAUGGCGGGGGGAGGGUGGGUGAGUGAUGCGGUUGGGAUGGAGGGGGUGGGGAUUGGGGGGCGGGGGGGGGGGGGGGGGGGGGGGGGGGUUGAGGGGUGGGCGCAGGAGGUUAAGAAGGCGAGGUGA